AUGGCCAAAUUUGAUCCAGUUAUUCAAGAACAUGUUCGUCGGAUAAAAAAUAAUGAAACUCCGCAAAAAAUUCGUCAACAGAUUGUAGAAGAAAUCAAAGAAGCCAAAUACUUUUCUAUUUUGAUGGACUGCACUCCAGAUAUUAGUAGAGAAGAGCAACUUUCUAUAAUUAUUCAUAUUCUAGAUAUGAGAAACAAAAGUAUGUCUACAAUACCUUGCAUCAAAGAAUAUUUUAUAGAAUUUAUUAAUGUUCAUUCUACAACUGGAUAUGAUUUGACAAAUAUUUUAUUAGACAAAUUAAAUAGAAUAGGUAUAGAUCUAAAAGAUUGUCGUGGACAAGCGUAUGAUAAUGGUGCCAAUAUGAAAGGCCAGUACAAAGGGGUUCAAUCAAGAAUUAUAGCAAAAAAUCCUAGAGCAUUUUUUUCACCAUGUGCAUGUCAUAAUUUAAAUUUGUUGUUGGGUGAUAUAGCAAAGAGUUCCACCGUAGCGGUUGGGUUUUUUGGCACCAUACAAAGGAUAUAUUGUUUGUUUGCAUCUUCCAUAAAACGCUGGGAUAUUUUAAAAAAACAUUGUACAUUUUUAACACUAAAGCCACUUUCAGAAACCAGAUGGGAAUGUAAAGUUAACAGUAUCAAAACUAUACGUUACCAAGUACCCGAACUUUUUAGAGCAUUAGAAGAAGUGGCUUAUACAACUUCAGAUCCAAAAACGAAAAGUGAAGCUCAGUCAUUAGCUUCAAAUGAACUAGAAAGCUAUGAAUUUAUUCUUAGUUUGGUCAUUUAUAAUCUUUUAAAUGGUCUUUUAGAAUUUUUAAAAUCAUUUCGAAUGAAUGGUUUUGAAUCAUCAAAAAUUAAAGCUAAUGAAAUAGUAGAUAUCAUGAAUAUUAAUAAAAUAUUUAAAAAGAAACGUCUUAGAAAGACAAAAAAACAAUUUGAUUAUGAAAAUUCUGAUGAAAUAAAUGAUGAUCCAGAAAAAAAUUUCCGAACAUUUUAUUUUAAUGUAAUUGCCGAUGGAGCUUUAUCGUCAUUUAGUGAACGAUUUAAUCAAUUUCAAAUUUAUAACAACAAUUUCAGUUUCUUAUACAAUAUUAGUGAACUCCAAAAAAUAACAAAUGACGACCUUAUGAAGAAUUGUUUAAAUUUACAAAAUUAUUUAAGUGAUGGAGAUUCAUAUGACAUAGUUGCUUCUGAAUUGUAUGAAGAGUUACUAGUUUUUCGUCAUACAAUGAAAGAAGAUUCUACUCCUAUAGGAGCACUCAGUUUUUUAAAAACAAUGCCUGGUUCUUUUACUGCUUUUCUUAACAUAGUUAUUUCACUCCGAAUUUUGUUAACCAUACCAAUAACCUCAGCUUCAGCAUAA